AUAAAAUUGAGGGUUUUCCGAAAUAUUACUCCGUAAUAUACUUUAGUAUUGUUUUGCCGAGCAUAGAAUUCAAAUAAAAGUUUCCGGUGUUCUUGCUUAUUAAGUUUUUAAAAUAAAAAAUGCUUUUAACUUCGUCGUGGAUCGUAGACACCAUACUCUUGACAGCAACAAUAUGCUUGCUGGUAUAUAAAUAUCUCACAAGGCAUUUUGACUAUUGGAGAAAAAGAAAAGUUGCCCAUGAGAAACCCAUGCUACUUUUUGGCAACUUCUACGAAGUUUUCACUUUUAAAACAACUAUUCAAGAACACAUAAAAAAGAUUUACGAUCGAAUAGAUGCUCCAUAUUUUGGAAUUUUUAUUUUUGAUGAACCAUUGUUAGUUUUAAAAGAUCCUAAGCUUGUUAAAGAUGUUCUAAUUAAAGAUGCUGCUGUUUUUGCCAACAGAAGACCAGCGACGCCUACACAUCCUCUCAUGAAACACGCAUUAUUCUUUCUGAACUAUCCUCACUGGAAAUCACUAAGAACAAAAAUUACACCAGUUUUUACUUCUGCUAUGUUAAAAAAUGCACACAAUAAUUAUUUAACUGAAAUCGGUCAAUCAAUGACGAAAUUUUUGAACAAAAAUAAAGAUGUUAUAGAUAGCAGACGUGUUGGAGAACUCUUCGCAUCAGAAAUGAUUUUUAAAUAUUUUUUUGGAGCUGACGCUAAUUGUUUCGAAGAUAAACCAUCUGUAUUUGGACCAUAUGUGGAAAAGAUGGGUGAAUUUAGUAUUAGAAAUGCUAUUAUACAAAACCUCUACUUUAUCAAACCAUCAUGGGUAACGUUCUUUAAGCUCGAUUUCAUCUCAGAAAGUAUAAUGACAUUUUUUGAAGGUGUAUUUAGACAAGGAAUGGAAAACAGAAAGAACUUUGAUGGCAAACCACAGACUUUUGUCGAUUUUGCAAAUAAAGCUGUGAGAGAAAAUCAAAGUGGAAAGGAGGAUGUUCUGGAUUUCGACAUGUCCAUCUCGACUGCAAUAUUCUUCCUCAUAGCUGGCAGAGACACCUUGAAUACACUAAUUGCUUUUACACUGUAUGAAAUUGCUAUGAAUGAGAGUAUACAAGAUAAACUCAGAGAAUCCAUCAAAGAAAAUGUAGAGAAGUACGAAGGCAUUACCUACGAGGGAGUACACGACAACAAAUAUUUAAACAUGUGCAUUAACGAGACAAUGAGAAAAUAUCCUCCUAUACCUUUCCUGGACAGGAUGCCUUUGUCUGACUACAAACUAGAGGGUACUGAUUUGGUAGUCAAAAAGAAUAUGACAGUAGUAAUACCAUUCUUUGCACUUCAUAGAGACGACAACCAUUUUCCUAAUUCUGAAGUAUACGAUCCAGAAAGAUUUGCAGAAGAUAUACCAUCAGAAGGCCUAUAUUACAUACCGUUUGGAGCAGGCCCCAGAGCUUGUAUAGGUAAACGACUUGGACUACUGGGUUUAUUAGUGGCAUUAUCGUAUAUAGUGCUUAAUUUUAAAAUAGAAAGAUGCCCCGAAACUCCAUCGAAGAUUGAAUUUGAACCUAAAAGUUUUCCAUUAGUUUCUAAACUGGGACUUCCCCUUAAAAUUACGCCUAUAGAAAAUAAAUAAAUUAAUGUAACACAUGAUGUAGAAACUAUUUUUUAUGUUAAAAAAUGAUUAUACAAAUAUAAUAAAAAAUGUUU